AUGAGGCGCAGGUUACAGGCUGCUCUGGUCGGUGCAGUGGUUUUGGGAAGCUUACCGACCGCGAUUCUCGCACAUGGCGGCGAGUCCAUGAAUAUGAACCAGGGCCAAGCUAUGCCCAAACCGGCUGAAGAUUCGGGCUUGGAGACGUACUUCUCAUAUCCUGAAUACCAAGGCGCAUUAUACGCCCACAUAUCCUUAAUGAUAGUGAGCUGGGUAUUCAUGCUGCCAGUUGCUGUCAUGUUCUCGCUCGCUCGCUCAAGGUAUACAUUCCCGGCGCAGGUUAUUUUUGUCGUUACCAACUUGACCGGCUUGAUCUUGGGCAUGAUUUUCAACGAGAACACCCCGGAUCUGUACCCAAACAACGCCCACCACAAGCUAGGCUGGGCUAUCACGGCGCUGUCAUGCGCUCAGGUUGCCCUCAGCGUGCUCGUCCGCCGCCCCGAGAUCUUUGGUUCGUCGCUCAGGCCCAGAUCCGCCCGGUACACCCCCGUAUCGACUGCAGCCAUGGCCGAGCACCAGCGGGCCAGCGCAGCUCCCGGGUCUCCUCCGGCGCACCGCUUCUCGUUCGACAGCGGCCAGGGGACAGAGCCCAACACGGCAUCGCUGUGCAGCAGGCCGAGGUACUCCAGUUCCAGCUCGCAGCACGACGAGGAGGCUGCUCGCAAGGAGGAGGCCAUGCUGCUUGGCGACACCGACUUUUAUGCGCAUGACCAGGACAGCGAUCGGGAUUUUGCGGCCGCCCGGAGACCAUCGACACGCAGCAGUGCUGCUGAUAGUGUGCUGGCUCUAGCCGGGAAGGCUGCGGGCGUCUUUUCUGCCCAGGUUUUGAGUAUUUUUGCACUAGGGUACAAUAUCGUCGAUCGAGUCAUCCUUAUCCUGGGCUUUGUUGCCAUCUGCACGGGUAUUAUCGCCCAAGGGAGAUUUUUUGAGGGACAAGAGAUCUUUAGCGGUCUGGCACACUGGAUCAAGGGUGGGGUCUUCUUCUGGCUCGGCGUCCUGACUCUGGGCCGCUGGACCGGAGCCUUUGCCGAGAUCGGCUGGGCAUGGAACCUCCGGCCCCGUCCCUACGACCCAGCCGCAGCAGCCGCUCCAUGGCGCCCGUCGGCCGAGUUCGUAGAGAGCGCCCUUAUCUUCAUCUACGGCUCAACCAACAUCUUCUUGGAGCACCUGGGCGCUGGAGCCGACAGCGCCUGGAGCGCCCAGGACCUGGAGCACGUUGCCAUCACGGUCCUCUUCAUUGGCGGCGGCCUGUGCGGCAUGCUGGUCGAGUCGGCGACGGUCCGGGAGCUGCUCAACACGGCGGUGGCGGGCCACGAAGACGAGAAGGACCAUCACCUGUCUCCAACGCCACCAUCAAGGCUCCAGGGCAGCGUCUCGCUCAACCCGAUCCCCGCGCUCGUGAUCCUCCUCCUCGGCAUCAUGAUGAGCUCCCACACCCAGGCCGACAUGGUCUCAGGCAUGGUGCACAAGCAGUGGGGCGACCUGCUCAAGGGCGCCGCCGUCGCCAGGGGCUUCUCGUACAUCCUCAUGUACCUCAGGCCGCCGCGCUCCGUGCUGCCCUCGCGGCCGCCGACGGAGCUGCUUGCUGCGUUUGGUCUGAUGGCGGGCGGUGUGAUUUUCAUGGCAAGCAGUCACGAUACCGUUCAGGGCAUGAUCAACCAGGGACUCGACGCCAUGUUCAUUUACACCGUCGCCAUGGGCCUGGUGGCGUUCCUGAUGGCCUGGAUCGUCAUCGUCAUGGCCCUCAAAGGCUGGGCUAUCCGCAAGGAGGCACAGUGGCAGAUGGUUGACAGAAGCCAUAUUGCCUGA